CGCUGAGGAUGAGACAGCACCACGCUACCCGGAAGUGCUAUCUAAGCUAACGGCUAACCGAGCAGUCAGCGGAGGUGUCAGCCCAGCAGUCUGCGUGUUUCCCCUCUGAUCCCGGCUCGGUGCUGUAAGGAGUCCAGAUGAGUCUGCAGUGGACGGCCGUGGCCACCUUCCUGUACGUGGAGGUCUUCCUGGUUCUUCUCCUCUGCAUCCCCUUCAUCUCACCUAAAAGAUGGAGCCAGAUCUUCAAGUCCCGCAUGGUGACGACCAUCGCUCUGUACGGCAACACCUGGUUCAUGGUGGCCAUCGCCAUCCUCGUCUUCCUGCUCAUCGACGCGUUCCGUGAGGUCAGGAAGUACAGCGUGACGGACAAAGUGGACGUGACCAACAACCCCACGGCCAUCGAGCACAUCCACAUGAAGCUGUUCCGCGCCCAGAGGAACGAGUACAUCGCCGGCUUCGCCCUGCUGCUCUGCCUGCUGCUGCGGCGCCUGGCCACGCUGCUGUCCCAGCAGGCCACCCUCAUGGCGUCCAACGAGGCGUUCAGGAAGCAGGCGGAGGGCGCCUCCACCGCCGCCAAGACCUUCAUGGAGGAGAACGAGCUGCUGCAGGAGAAACUGCGUGAGGCUGGAAUUGCUGCUCCGGAGGCCGGGAAGAAAGGAGCAGGACUACAGGAGGAGAACAAGACCCUGAAAGAGGAGCUGAAGACCCUGAAGGAGCAGCUGCAGGACACCAAGAAAGCUCUACAGAAGUCGGACAGUGACGUGAGUGCAAUGAAGAAACAGUCUGAGAACCUGACGGUGGAGUACGACAGACUGCUGGAGGAGCACAGCAAGAUGCUGGCUAGCAGCGACAAGAAGUCAGACUGAGGAGGAGUACGCUCGUUAUCCCUGCUCUUCAUCGCCAGCCUCCUGAAGUUUACAGUUUCGCCUUCGCCGUCCUACCCCAUGAUCUGAUGUCAGCUGACACACUGCGCUGUGAUUGGCUGAUGGGACUGUCUGAGCUUUUGUUUAGUCUGUUUACAUCUCUGUACCUGAAAGUUUCCGUUUUCUUUUCUUUGAGUCGCUGAUUUCUUUUUUGUUUUGUGUCUCUGAACCAAAUCUGUAAUUCUAGCGCUGUAAUCAUUCCCAGGGUUCAGACCCGGAGGAGGAAAGUGACUCCAGACUUCCUGCAGGAAGAGAUGAGCUGCAUUCCAAAAUAAAUUGUCAGCCAUCAUGUUGGGGACUGUAAACUGUUCUCUUGUUAUGACUCUUUGGACCCGUUCUGUCCUCAGUUUGGAUCACAAACAGAACCAAACUCAGUUUUUCUGAUUAAUGGAUCAGAUUUUUGUUUUCGUUGGUCAAAAGUAAUAAAAUGAUGUAGAACCAUG